UGUUAUGUUUUAUUUCAUCCGUCUUCAUCUAUUUCUUUAUGGAUCUUCAGGUGGCUGCUAGAAUACUUCAAGAUACAGCUACCGGAAGACAUCACAGUUCACAUGGGCUUAGUGGAGCGCGUAGGCUGCGAGAUGCUAUCGUCCUUGGCUAUCAGCUUCAAAGAAUUACUGGGAAAGAUAUUGCUAUUCCUGAAUGGUAUUCACUUGCGCAAAAUGAACUUAGUUCACGCACUCAAUUGGCAAAUAAGGAAGUUCUCGAUAUUGGCAGUCUUACGAGACAAAGUGAUUACUUUACAAUUCUUCAUGGAGAUCAUCAAGGGCUCCCGGACACAAUUGGUUUCUUGAAGAGCUUGGCUGAAAUGGAGUCCUCAGGUCGUCCUCAAAAUAAUAACAAGCUCCAAACACGCGACUAUCUGGCUGCUUCGGCAAUGUUCAAUUGGGAGGAAGAAAUUUUUGUUUCAAGAGCACCCGGAAGAUUGGACGUAAUGGGAGGAAUUGCUGACUAUUCUGGUAGUUUAGUACUACAAAUGCCUACCAGAGAGUCAUGCCAUGUCGCAAUUCAGAGAAACCAUCCAAGCAAGCACAAAUUGUGGAAACAUGCUCAGGCAAGGCAGCCCAAGGAAGGACCAACUGCUGUUCUUCAAAUUGUAUCACUUGGCUCAGAAUUAGGUAAUCGUGGACCAACUUUUGAUAUGGACCUUUCUGAUUUUGUGGAGGAUGGACGGCCAAUUACAUAUGAGAAAGCAUACAAUUAUUUUGCCCGAGACCCAGCCCAGAAGUGGGCAGCGUAUGUUGCUGGGACAAUUCUGGUACUGAUGACUGAAUUAGGCAUCCGUUUUGAGGAUAGCAUUAGCAUUCUGGUAAGUUCUGGUGUUCCUGAGGGCAAAGGUGUAUCUUCUUCUGCUGCAAUAGAAGUGGCCAGCAUGACUGCUGUUGCUGCUGCUCAUGGAUUGAACAUUGACCCCAGACAUCUGGCUCUGCUUUGCCAAAAGGUGGAGAAUCAUAUUGUUGGAGCUCCUUGCGGAGUGAUGGAUCAGAUGGCCUCUGCAUGUGGAGAGGCCAACAAGCUUCUUGCUAUGGUGUGUCAGCCUGCUGAGGUUCUAGGACUUGUUGACAUACCACCCACCAUUCGAUUUUGGGGAAUUGAUUCUGGAAUACGACACAGUGUUGGUGGUUCAGAUUACAAAUCUGUUAGGGUUGGUGCAUUUAUGGGUAAGAAGAUAAUAAAGUCCUCUGCGUCUGUGGAGUUGUGCUCCUCCUUGUCAAACAUUUCCACUCAGCAAAUCAACAAGUCCAACCCUGACGAUGCUGAUGAAGAUGGAAAGGAUCUGCUUGAAACAGAGGCUUCUCUGGAUUACCUUUGCAACCUCUCAGCUCAUAGAUAUGAGGCAUCUUAUGCAACUAGACUUCCAGAGUCUUUAUCUGGACAAGAAUUUGUGGAGAAGUAUCUUGAUCAUGAUGAUUCUGUAACUACAAUUGACAAAGAACGCAAUUAUGCUGUGAGAGCACCCACUAGGCAUCCCAUCUAUGAAAACUUCCGAGUCAAGGCUUUCAAAGCAUUAUUAUCAGCUACACCUUCCAAUUAUCAACUAUCUGCUCUUGGAGAGUUAAUGUAUCAGUGCCAUUUCAGCUACAGUGCUUGUGGUCUUGCGUCAAAUGGGACUGAUAGGCUGGUUAACUUGGUACAAGAAAUGCAGCACUCUAAAUCGUCAGAAUCUGAAGGUGGGACUUUAUUUGGGGCAAAGAUAACAGGUGGAGGUUCUGGUGGAACUGUUUGUGUUAUUGGGAGGAACUGUUUAAGAAGCAACCAACAACUUGUUGAGAUUCAGCAGAGAUACAAAACUGCCACUGGAUUCUCACCAUAUGUGUUUGAAGGUUCUUCACCUGGAGCUGCAAAAUUUGGUCACCUCCAAAUACGCCUUCGAAAGAGUAGACAGACUUGAAGGCAAAGUGUAGGAGUCCUAGCAGUGGAAACGUUUGCGCGACACAAAGCAUUGAGCUCAAUGUAUCAAUGAAUUUUCAUUUUUCUGAAACAAUAUUUGCUUAGACAUUGAUCAUAAAGUAUGUUUAUGCAACAACUCAAUCUUAUAAUUUGAUCAAGUAUGGCUUUUUGCCUCUUUUCUGGUU